AUGGAGAAACAGGCAAACCUGAUGAUGAAAGGCUUCAAUGAGCUACAAGAGGUGAUCAAUCGGAAACCGCAAAAGUCAGUGUGGAACCCUCCCACUACCAGCAAAAUCAACCCAAGCAGAGCAUCCCAGGUGAUCGAGCAGUACUACAAAAAACAGUCUGCAGAACAAAACACUGUUCCCUUUCUGGAAGGCUACAUGAAUGAAGUGCAGAAUUUACAAAACUCUUUCCUCACGCGUCCUGGCUGCCCAAGGUACAGCAAUAUGGCAACUUCAACCUCUUCAGUCGAAGGACCUUUUUCAAAAUUAGCUUGCCUGCCCAGUAACUUGAGCACCAUGACUUUGUCGUCCCAGAUGUCCUUGGAUGAUUGGAACAUUCUCUAUCCAAUUGUAGAAGCACUGGAUUCAAGCAUCAAGUUUUGUCCGGCCGGAGUCACUCAAAGCCUGGCCGGAUUGCCCAAGUGGAAAAGUUUCACUGAAGUCUCGGCAUCCUUUUCCCAAGGCAAAAGCCGCUCGGCGUCCAAAGUCCCGUGGUACGUCUCUGUGCUCCAAGAGAAGGACCAGCAUCUGCAGAAGCUCGGGACGGAGCUUAGCCGUCUCUCCAAGUGUGAGGCAGAGUGCCUUCAGAAGGACGAGGUGAUCUCGGUCCUCCGGGAGGAAGUGGCCAAUAUGCUGAAACAACUGGAGCAGCUCCAGAAGGGGGGCAUCCUCAUCCCAGAGGAGCCCCCCAAAGCAAAGGAAAUUGUCAUAGAAAAAGCCAAGGAAGAAGUAUUCAAAGUAAAGGAAACUCGGAGAGGCUUGUCUUUGCCUGUCCAUUUAGGACAAAAGAGCAUUGCGGAUGAGUUCAGACAAGAGAUAGAGCGCUUGAAAUUAGAGCUAACCCAGUCGGACAAAGCGCUGGGCUGUAAGAUGGGCCUCCUUUCUGAAGCGAUGAUAAGAAACCAGGAAGAGCUGGAGGAACUGGAAAAAGAGUAUGCAGAGCUGCAGCGAAAUGAAAGAGAGGAGAGCAGGGAAGAACUUAUCUGCAGUAUUGGAUCCGGAGCGGCUUUGGAAGGGGAGGCCGAACCGGAGCCCGAGCCCCAAGGAGAAAUGGAAACUGCCCUGUCCGAGCUCCAAGAGUCCCAGAGGAUAAUCAAAGAGUUGUGUAAUGAAUUGGAGAAAGUGAAAAACGAUUAUGACGUUGCAACAGGUGCCAUUUCUUCUCUGCAAAGGCAACUGUCCUUUAAGGAGUCUCAGCUCCGCAAAGCCCACGCAGAGCAGGAAUUGCUGCAAAAGGAACUGAGGGAAAGAGGAGUCCAGCUGGAGGCAAUGUCUACCAAGUUCUGCAACCUGCGAGAGGAGAGAAAACACGAAGAAAUGAUGGGUGCCAUUGAGAAAGAAAAUAACUCACUCCGGCAGGUGGUCUCCGAGCUGGAGUCCCAACUGGCAGAGAAGACCCAGAUGAUCGAGGAGCUGCAAGGCGAUGUCAACCGGCUUCAAGCCCAGCUGGUGGUGAACCAGCACCACACCGGCAAGCAGCUGAUCCACCAGAAGGAGCUCCAGAGGCAGCUGGAUGUCCUGCAAAGGGUGGAGCAGCAGACCCGAGUCUUGCUGGAGGCCGUCGGCAUCAGGUUCGAAAGGUUUCGAAGCAAAAUCAUUCAGGCCACCUACAGUACUCCCGGCACCAAGUCGCCCCAGGCGGAAAUCUCAGAUGAUGAGGUGUUGGAGGCCUUGCAGAGAAUAAUAAAUGACCGUCUGGAAUUUCACCAAAUGCUGCGGCAGAAGGGUGUGAAAGUCCCAUCUCUAGGCAAUGAGCAAACUCAGGCAACACCGCCACCGAAGAAAAAGAGCACAAGCAAAUAG